AGACCCACCACCGUCCCUCACGCGGUCACGCCCCUGUAUAUAAACCCCCCAACCGUGCCACCCAAAUCCCUCUCCCAAAACAAACGGCAUAAACCACGGCCUCGACCCGCUCCGUCUCCGCUCCCCCCACUUCCAGUCCACUUCCCCUCCGACCCACCCCUCAAGCGAAGGCACCGGAUGGCGGCGUCCUCCCCCACCCCCGGCGGCGGCCUCGGGGCCAUCCUCGCCGCCGGCGACAGGGACUACCUCAUCCGCAACUCCGGCGAGCAGGUGAAGAUCAGCAGCAUUGAGGGAGACACUGUAGCUAUCUAUUUCUCGGCCUCAUGGUGCCCGCCAUGCCAGCGGUUUACGCCAAAGCUUAUUGAAGCAUACAAAGAACUUACCUCACAUGGCAAGAGCUUUGAGGUGAUCUUUGUUUCAGGCGACCAAGAUGAGGAAGCAUUCAAUGCCUAUUUUGCAAAGAUGCCGUGGUUGGCAGUUCCUUUCUCCGACUCUGAAGGCCGUAAAAGCCUUGAUGAGCGGUUUGAGGUCAACGGUAUUCCACACCUUGUUUUCCUUGAUGCAAAAACUGGCGAAGUUCUUACUGAUGAAGGAGUUGAGUUUGUGAGUGAAUAUGGAAUAGAAGCUUAUCCUUUUACAACUGAGAGGAUCAAUGAAUUGAAGGAACAAGAAAAGGCUGCUAAGGAUAACCAAACUAUUCAUAGUGUGCUUGCUACACCAAAUCGUAACUAUGUAAUUUCAAACACGGGGGAGAAGGUACCCAUCGUUGAUCUUGAGGGGAAGUAUGUUGGUAUAUGCUUUGUAGUGAACGGCUAUCCUCCAGUUGAGGAAUUUACCCCAGUGCUUGCCAAGAUAUAUGCGAAACUCAAAGAAGUGGGGGAGAAGUUUGAAGUUGUAGCUGUAUCCUUGGACAGUGACGAGGAAUCAUUCAAUAACAGUUUUUCAAGCAUGCCUUGGCUUGCCAUUCCCCAGGGCGACAAGAUGUGUCAGAAGCUUGUCAGUUACUUUGAGCUUAGUGAUCUUCCUACACUAGUGCUGAUUGGUCCUGAUGGGAAGACACUGAGCAGCAAUAUUGCAGACAUAAUUAAUGAGCAUGGUUUGGAUGCAUGGGAGGGGUUCCCCUUCAAUGCAGAGAAGCUGGAAAUUCUAGCAGAGAAGGCAAAGGCUAAAGCAGCGUCACAGACAUUGGAGUCCCUUCUGGUUACUGGUGACGUAGACUUUGUCAUUGGGAAAGAUGGAGCAAAGGUUCCUGUAGCAGAACUUGUUGGGAAGACUGUCCUCCUCUACUUUUCAGCUAAAUGGUGUGGGCCAUGCAGAGCCUUCCUGCCUACACUUGUGGAUGUUUACAACAAGAUCAAGGAGAAGAACAGCGAUUUCGAGAUCGUCUUCAUCUCCAGCGACAGGGACCAGAGCUCAUUCGACGACUUCUUCUCUGGCAUGCCAUGGCUCGCCAUCCCCUUGGAAGACGAAAGGAAGGCGUACCUGAAAAAGAAGUUCAAGAUCCGCGGAAUCCCGUCUCUCGUCGCCAUUGGUCCUGAUGGAAAGACGGUCAACACGGACGCGAAGACUUCGCUGGCGGUCCAUGGCGCCGACGCGUUUCCGUUCACCAGCGAGAGGAUCCAGGAGCUGGAGAAGAAGAUCGACGAGAUGGCGAAGGGGUGGCCUGAGAAGGUGAAGCACGAGCUGCACGAGCACGAGCUCGUGCUGGUCCGCCGCCCCAGGCCGUACGGCUGCGACGGGUGCGAAGAGAUGGGCACCUCCUGGUCCUACAACUGCGCGGAGUGCGACUUCGAUCUGCACGCCAAGUGCGCGCUGGGUGAGGAGAAGAAGGGAGAGGAGGUGAAUGGGCAGGAGCAUGCUGCUGCCCCAGCUGGGUACGUGUGCGAGGGAGACGUCUGCAGGAAGGCCUAGGUAGGUAGCGUUGUGUUGUGCGUGUUCCUUGCCAGCUGAAGCGUGUCUGAAUCAUGUGCUGUGUGGUGUGAUGAUAAAUAAAUCUUGCAUCCGAUGAUUUGGCUUGUGAAGUAUUUGUCGUGGUGACAUUUAUUAUGUGCAAAAUCGUCCAAGUAUAUGGUUUCA